GUUAAAAGGUCGUGGUUCGAUUGUCAUAUGUAGUGUUUUGUUGAUUUUGAAGUGAACUAGUUACAAAUAAAAAUGGAUCUUUCUAAGGUCAAGAACAAUGAAAAACUAGAACUUUGUUCUUGGUAUUUUCGUGCUGGAUUUUUUGGACUUCCUAUUGUUUGGUUCGUAAACGCAGUUUGGUUCUUCAAUGAAGCUUUUAGGAAACCAGUUUAUGAAGAACAGCGAGCAAUCAAACGAUAUGUCAUAUUUUCUGGAAUCGGGGCACUUAUAUGGAGUAUUGUCAUCGGAACUUGGGUUUACAUUUUUCAAAGUUAUCGAGUAGCAUUUGGAGAAUUCGGAGAUUCAAUUUCGUUUGUGAUACCAACUGGAGUGCCUUGAAUUUUACAUGUAUUUCACCAUUUAGUUUUUAUAACAAAGUGAUAAUUUUAUUAAGUGGUACAUUUUACACUUUUAUAUAUUUUUAAUAAUAAAGAAUAAAGUUUUUUAUGUUAAAUAGAAAAAAGUGAUAAGCAUUGUUGAAAAAGUAAGUGGAAAAAUAUGAGUGGCUUCAUAUCAAAGAAGGAAAUCUGUCAUUUUCAAAAAGUUGAGAAAAAGUCAGUUUUUAUUUUGUAAAUUCAACUCAAACCGUUUCUGGUGAGUUUAUUUAAGAAUGUUCAAGUUGAAUUAAUAAAAACAAUCAUUAGAAUUGUUUUAAAUGAUAGAAAAUUGGCUUUUUCUCAACUUUUUAAAAAUGGCAGAUGUACAUCUUUGAUAUGAAGCUACUCAUAUGUUAGGUUAAAAACAUUUGAAUCAGAGCAAAAGUUAAUUUAGUGAUUUUUUAUUUAUAUGUUUAAUUGAAAAACUCAAUUUUUUACAACAGAAAACUACCACAAUUUGAGGUUUAGAAAAUGGAAUACGAUGCUAUCUGGAAAAUGGUAUUUAAAAUAUUCUUCCGUUACAAAACCUCUAUUUUAUUCUUUAAUGUUAUGUAACAUAUUCUUCUAAUUAGCUUUUUGAUACAUUUUUAUUAAUUAUGAUUUUAUUAAUUAGCUAUUAAAAUUAUAUUUAGUUUAUCUGUAAAUGCUGACUGUAUAAAUAUGAAGUUACUUUUAAUUUUAGUUUUUACCAUCUAGUUAUUUAUUAUAAAAAUAUGUUUGUUAAUGGAAUUUCUAUGAAAUCAAAUGACUCCUUGUCCAUUAAUUUGUCUCAUGUAUGAUACUUACUAUUACUCUAAUGCAGCAAGGGUCUCCAAAUUACGGCCUGCAAUUGCCUCCAGUCCGGCCCGCGAAUGUUUCUAUGAUUACAUGGUAAAACUUUAAAAACUAUUUAAAAAAUAUGAAAUUUAGUAAAUCACUCAAACACUCUGUUAUGCAAGAUUUGUUUCUCUUAGAAAGCCCAUUUUACACCUGAAGUGUCAUUUAUGGAAAUAGAUAUUUUUUUUCAUUGCAAGCCAUGCUUUGUGGGUCUUACAAGGAGAUCUUAAUACGACCUGCAGGACUUGGUGGAGGUCUCAAUGUGGCUCGCAGGUCAAAUAUUUUGAGACCCCUGUUCUAAUGAGUAAAAUUUAUUCAAAACUUAAUAUUUUUAACUUGCAAACAUAUUUGUUUGAUAUUAUUUAGUAAGACAAGUUAAACUGAAUUUUGUUUUUAAUUUAAAAAUAUUCAACUUCAUCAAUUUUAAUUUAAACCACUAAAGGUACUAUUUCGCUGGUAAUGCCCAUGGCAGUUACCUGCAGAAAUCACUAUUACUGGUCACGAUAGUAAUUUUUAUUUUAUCACAUUAGAAAAAUCGUCAUAGGAGAUGAAUUUUUCCUAUAUUUCUCUUUUCUUUAAAUAGCUGUCUUUGGAACUUUUUUUUUGAAAUUAUUUUUCCAUCAUACAAGGAAGGGUGUGCCCUUGGCAGGAUUCGCUAGUGCUGGUCACUAUAAUAAUUUAUUUUUAUAUUACAUUAGGAACUUUGUCUAUGAGGAUGAAUUUGCCCUAUAUUUCUCUUUUCUUUAAACAGUUGCUUUUUGGAACUUUUUUUGGAAUUUUUCAAUCUUCCAGGGGUAGGCACGCGCUCUCGGCUGGAUCCGCUUGUGGUCUAGGUAUGACGUCAUAUCUAUACUGCUCUUUUCUGACAACUUCUGAAGCAGUGAAGCUGUUGGCAGUAUGGUGUUUAUAGGUUAUGUUAUAUCGGAGCAUUGUUUUGAUGAUAACAGUCACCUCGUUACGUUUCAUUUUCUG